GCGCUUGCAGCUGUGCCUUUUGCAGCCCGGGAAGCGAAGCGCUGCAGUUUGCACCGCGUGGGUCCUUAUAUCCACCGAACCCCACUCAUUCCGCCCCCCAUCUUUGCAGAACCAAGGAAGUCUAGGGGUGCACUGGGAUGGUCUUCUUAACCUCCCGUCUGUGGAUCCGCGCCCGUUUGACCGAUCGCUUUUUCCGCAAGCAAGAGGUGCUCCAACAUGCACGGCAUUUCCGUGGACGGAAGAACCGUUGCUACAGCUUGGCGGUCCGAGCUGUCCGGAGGGCUUUUGUGUAUGCGACGAAAGCCAGGUUUCUGAAGAAGAGAGACAUGCGAACGCUUUGGGCAACCAGAAUUGAGGCCGCCUCUCUCGAACACGGCGUGAAGUACCACGUUUUCCUAAGCGGCCUGUCGAAGUGCCAAGUGGAACUGAACCGGAAAGUUCUGGCUGACUUGGCGAUCUACGAGCCAAAGACAUUCAAGUCCUUAGCUGCGUUAGCCAAAAGAAGAGGCCAAGAAGGCCUGCUUGCCGCCCAAGGAGAUGGAAGGGAACCCGAAGGGAUAUUUUCACGCUUCACGAAAUAUGUCUGAAGAUAUUGCUUAGUUUGCCUCCAUUUGUGAACCUGAAUAAUGCUCUCCAGAGCCUCAUAAUCAACCCAAUUUGGUCUGUGAUGUUGAGGUGGUGGGAAGACUAUCCUGUUUGUACUUGUCUUUGAAGAUGUGUAAAUUAUAAAUCAGCUUGCAGAAA